CCGGCGCGCUUCCCGCUGCCUUCCGGCCCCGCGCGGGGAAGCUGAGGCCGCGCUCCCACCUCCCCUCGGCGCAGCCUCGCACCUCCCGCCGCGUCACCCGUCGCUGCUCCCGCUCCUCAACGGCCGCGGGGUUUGGGCCUACCUAGCGGUCGGGCCACCUCCGCUCUCUCCGCUGUGACGAAUCGGCGCCCGGCUGGCAAAUUACCCAAAUUCGGGGAGUUUUGAGAAACGUAUGGGGCCUGAAAAAAUCCUUGAUUGUACUAAGCACCACCGCGUCCCCACUAGAAGACUUAUUUUUCUUGAGAGAGUCGGUUGGAGCCUUGAAAGGAAUUAAGAAGAGUGUUGAAAGUGCGAGCGCGGAAGCUCCGGACGCGAGGGGCGGGGCGUGCGCGGGACAAAGGGAAGCGAGGCCGGAGCUGCGGGCGUUUUUUCUGCCCGCGGUGUCUCAGAUUCAUUCUUAAGGAACUGAGAACUUAAUCUUCCAAAAUGUCAAAAAGACCAUCUUAUGCCCCACCUCCCACCCCAGCUCCUGCAACACAAAUGCCCAGCACACCAGGGUUUGUGGGAUACAAUCCAUACAGUCAUCUCGCCUACAACAACUACAGGCUGGGAGGGAACCCGGGCACCAACAGCCGGGUCACGGCAUCCUCUGGUAUUACGAUUCCAAAACCCCCAAAGCCACCAGAUAAGCCGCUGAUGCCCUACAUGCGGUACAGCAGAAAGGUCUGGGACCAAGUAAAGGCUUCCAACCCUGACCUAAAGUUGUGGGAGAUUGGCAAGAUUAUUGGUGGCAUGUGGCGAGAUCUCACUGAUGAAGAAAAACAAGAAUAUUUAAACGAAUACGAAGCAGAAAAGAUAGAGUACAAUGAAUCUAUGAAGGCCUAUCAUAAUUCCCCCGCGUACCUUGCUUACAUAAAUGCAAAAAGUCGUGCAGAAGCUGCUUUAGAGGAAGAAAGUCGACAGAGACAGUCUCGCAUGGAGAAAGGAGAACCUUACAUGAGCAUUCAGCCUGCUGAAGAUCCAGAUGAUUAUGAUGAUGGCUUUUCAAUGAAGCACACAGCUACCGCCCGUUUCCAGAGAAAUCACCGCCUCAUCAGUGAAAUCCUUAGUGAGAGUGUGGUGCCAGACGUUCGGUCUGUUGUCACAACAGCUAGAAUGCAGGUCCUCAAACGACAGGUCCAGUCCUUAAUGGUUCAUCAGCGAAAACUAGAAGCUGAACUUCUUCAAAUAGAGGAGCGACACCAAGAAAAGAAGAGGAAAUUCCUGGAAAGCACAGAUUCAUUUAACAAUGAACUUAAAAGGUUGUGUGGUUUGAAAGUAGAAGUGGAUAUGGAAAAAAUUGCAGCUGAAAUUGCACAGGCCGAGGAACAGGCUCGCAAAAGGCAGGAGGAAAGGGAGAAAGAGGCAGCAGAGCAAGCUGAGCGCAGCCAGAGCAGUAUUGUUCCUGAGGAGGAGCCAGCAGCUAAUAAGACCGAAGAAAAGAAAGAAGACGAGAGCAUUCCGAUGGAGACAGAUUUGGAGCGUGAACACAUUUUGUGGUUAAAACAAGAGCUUGAGAAUUAGAGCAUGGUUCUUUGGCUCAUUUUGCAGCUAGAAUACUCAGCCUUGCCUCUGUUUUGUCAUCUAUGAAUAGAACAUGCCUAGGUCUUUACUCAGAUUUCAUCCUUCUAGCUGAAGAAAAAGAACUGAAGAAGAUUGUUCUGAAGACUAUUAGAGCAAUAACAGAAAACAGCCCAGCGUGACUUGUAACAAAGUACUUUAAAUAUCAGCCUUAUACCAUUUCCAUACCUGCUUUCUCACUCAUUAAAUCCAAGCGCUUCACAAGAGCACUGUCCAAUAGAAAUGAAAUAUAAGUCACUGUGUAAUUAUAAAUUUUCUACUACUGACAUUUUUUUAAUGAAAUCUUUUUUUUUUUUUUUUUUUGCGGUACGCGGGCCUCUCACUGUUGUGGCCUCUCCCGUUGCGGAGCACAGGCUCCGGACGCGCAGGCCCAGCGGCCAUGGCUCACGGGCCCAGCCACUCCACGGCACGUGGGAUCUUCCCGGACCGGGGCACGAACCUGUGUCCCCUGCAUCGGCAGGCGGACUCUCAACCACUGCGCCACCAGGGAAGCCCAAUGAAAUCUUUUAAGUGAAAUUAAUUUUAAUAAGUCUUCAAAAUCCGGUGUGUAUUUUUAGACUUAGAGCACAUCAGAAUUUGGAAGCUAAAUUUUCAGCAGAAAUACUUGAUCUGUAUUUAGAUUUCAAAAUUUACAGUUAAAAAGUAGAUUGUUUCCAAAUCCCAAAUUGUUCUAAACAUGCUAAAAGUUCUUUCCUCGGUCACACUUGCUCAUAUCAAGUGCUUAGUAGCCAUAUGUGGUGAGUGGCUGCCUUAUCAUCGGAUGCUGCAGCUCUGGACUGUCAGCAUAAUUAGAAGAGGGAAUUUCUGUAUUGGAACUAACAGUGACAAAUGUGUGAUUACAGAGGAGACACACCUUGAAGAAACGACGGAAAGCCAACAGAAUGGUGAAGAAGGCACGUCUACUCCUGAGGACAAGGAGAGCGGGCAGGAGGGGGUGGACAGUCUGGCAGAGGAAGGGACCAGUGAUAGUAACACUGGCUCAGAGA